AUGUUUUCACUAUCUGACAAGGAUGAUGAUGGAACUGUAACAAUAAAGCAAUUGAGAAGUGUAAUGAAGUCUCUUGGGUCGAAUCCAACAGAAGCAGAGGAUAUGAUUAGUGAAGUAGAUGCCGAUGGUAAGGGCACAAUUGACUCUCCUGAAUUUCUGACAAUGAUGGCAAGACAAAUGAAAGACCCAGACAGUGAAAAAGAAAUUAGGGAAGCAUUCCAUGUGUUUGGCAAUGGUUAUAUUAGUGUAACAGAGCUUCACCCUCUGAUAAAUCUUAGAAAGAAGUUAACAGAUACCAAGGCGAUCAGGGAAGCAGAUAUUGAUGAUCAGGGAAGCAGAUAUUGAUGGUGAUGGUCAAGUAAAAUAUGGAGAGUUUG